CGCUGUCUCUGCAGCAUGGGGAUAAGGUUUGGGAAAAGGAUGGGCAGAUGCUCUUCCCUGGACAUUGUCCUGCACGACACUUAUUACGUUGUAGCCCACUUCCACUAUGUCCUUUCCAUGGGAGCAGUUGAACUAAACUUAGAUUCAUGUCUGGAAACAUUUAUUAUCAAAACAGGAGCGGGUAGUAACUUUAUGAAAAUUCACUUUGGCAUUAUGUUCGUGGGUGUUAACCUAACAUUCUUCCCUCAACAUUUCCUAGGUCUUGCUGGGAUUCCUCGGCGGUACUCAGACUACCCAGACGCUUUUUACAUGAUUCAGAAAUCCAAAAAUAUCUGCAUGUUUUUAUGCUUCUGA